UUUGUGCUGCUGAGGGAGGGAAGAUGGCGGCGCGGGCGGGUUUCCAGGCUGUAGCUCCGAGCGGCGGCGGUGGCGGAGCCGGCCCUGGGGCGGGAGCGUUAGGGCCGGGCACUGCUGGGCCUCCUGUUCGAAUGGGCCCGGCGCCCGGACAAGGAAUGUACCGCUCGCCUCUGCCCGGCGCUGCAUACCCGCGCCCUGGCAUGCUGCCGGGCAGCCGCAUGACCCCUCAGGGACCUGCAAUGGGCCCUCCAGGUUACGGCGGCAGUCCUUCCGUUCGACCUGGGAUGACUCAGUCAGGAAUGGACCAGUCUCGGAAAAGACCAGCCCCUCAGCAGAUCCAGCAGGUUCAGCAACAGGCAGUGCAGAACCGCAACCACAAUGCCAAGAAGAAGAAGAUGGCAGAUAAGAUUCUACCUCAGCGGAUCCGGGAGCUAGUACCGGAGUCUCAGGCAUACAUGGAUUUGUUGGCUUUUGAGAGGAAACUGGACCAGACGAUCAUGAGGAAGCGCUUGGAUAUCCAAGAAGCCUUGAAACGGCCUAUUAAGCAAAAGCGGAAGUUGCGCAUUUUCAUCUCUAAUACCUUCAAUCCAGCCAAAUCGGAUGCAGAGGAUGGUGAGGGCACGGUGGCUUCCUGGGAGCUCCGAGUCGAGGGGCGACUGUUAGAGGAUUCUGCUCUUUCCAAGUAUGAUGCUACUAAGCAGAAGAGGAAGUUCUCAUCCUUUUUUAAAUCUCUGGUGAUUGAGCUAGACAAGGACCUGUAUGGGCCAGACAAUCAUUUGGUGGAGUGGCAUAGGACUGCAACCACCCAAGAGACGGAUGGUUUCCAGGUGAAGAGGCCCGGAGAUGUGAAUGUGCGCUGCACUGUCCUGUUGAUGCUGGACUACCAGCCUCCACAGUUCAAACUGGACCCUCGUUUGGCCCGCCUCUUGGGGAUCCACACCCAGACACGUCCCGUGAUCAUCCAGGCGCUGUGGCAAUACAUCAAGACUCAUAAGCUGCAGGACCCCCAUGAGCGGGAGUAUGUCAUUUGUGACAAGUACCUUCAGCAGAUAUUUGAGUCUCAGCGAAUGAAGUUCUCUGAGAUCCCCCAACGGCUGCAUGCUUUGCUUAUGCCUCCAGAGCCAAUCAUCAUCAACCACGUCAUCAGCGUCGAUCCAAAUGACCAGAAGAAAACCGCCUGCUAUGACAUUGACGUGGAAGUAGAUGACACUUUGAAAACCCAGAUGAAUUCUUUUCUGCUCUCCACGGCCAGCCAGCAGGAGAUUGCCGCUCUAGACAACAAGAUCCAUGAGACCAUAGAAACCAUCAACCAGCUGAAGACCCAGCGGGAAUUCAUGCUGAGCUUUGCCAGAGACCCCCAAGGCUUCAUCAAUGACUGGCUACAGUCCCAGUGCCGGGAUCUGAAAACUAUGACAGAUGUAGUUGGGAAUCCAGAAGAGGAGCGCCGAGCUGAAUUCUAUUUCCAGCCGUGGGCUCAGGAGGCUGUGUGCAGAUACUUCUACUCAAAGGUGAAGCAUCCUGGCCCUUGUGAUUUUCCUGUUCACCAGUGGCAGGAGCUCGAACAGGCUCUGGGAAUCCGCAACACAUAG